CAAUAUUUUUAUAGGUUCCAAAAUUUCUACACUCGACCCGAUUUUUUUUCCAGAAAUUCAAAAUAUUUUGGCCAUGUCUUGGGGGCAAAUUUUCAAAAGAACAAUACCUAUUACCCAAAAUUUAUUAAGGAAUAUAAAGCCCUCAGUAACUCCUCUGAAUGAAUCAACUAAGUAUAAAUUUUCAACGGAAGAAAAACCAUCUCCCAAAUCAUGCGAAAAAAUGGUUAAUGUAACUUUCCUGAAAGCCAAUGGGGAGAAAAUCAAAGUAAAAGGGAAAGUAGGUGAUUCCCUACUGGAUGUUGUAGUCAACAAUAAUGUAGAUUUGGAUGGUUUCGGUGCAUGCGAAGGAACAUUAACAUGCUCAACUUGUCAUCUAAUAUUCAAAGAAAAAGACUAUAAUGAACUACCUGAUAAACCGUCUGAUGAAGAAUUAGAUAUGUUAGACUUAGCCUAUGACUUGACAGACACAUCUCGUUUAGGUUGUCAGAUAAUUUUAAGUGAAAAACUUGAUGGUUUAGAAGUUAUAGUACCAGCUACAAUUAACGAUGCAAGAGAAUGACAAUUACAGUAUCUUAUUUAAAUAGAAUUUUGUCAAGACCUCCAGUGAUAUUUAAUUAAAAGUUGAAAUGGAAUAUCAACGUGAAAUUGUUGCAUUGAUAUUUGGACUUGUAAUAUUAGUUAGUUAUGAGAAUUUUUUUAAGAACCUUAGUGUAGAAUAUAAAAUUGAUUAUGAAUGGAACUGAUAAAACUCAGGUACUUUUGACAGCUAAAAUAGCUUCUAUAAAAUAAACAUAAUUUUAUUAUUUCAAUUAUAUGAAAUGAAAAUUGGAAAAUUUCAUCAAUUUUUCUCAAUAUACUAAUAUGAACCUUUUUUUAGAAAAAAUUUUAAUAUGUACUUAUUCCUUUCGAAAUAUAGAACAUAAAUAAUUUUGAGAAUGUUUUAAUAAAUAUGUAUAUAUUU